UACAGGAUAGCUAACGGCCAGGAGAAAUAGAGUGGAAAAUGCAAAACAACGAAAUUAUAAAACCUGCCAAAUACUUCUCAGAAUUGGAAAAGAGCAUUUUGCUUGCUUUAGUAGAAAAGUACAAAUAUGUGCUGGAGUGUAAGAAAAGUGAUGCACGAACUAUUGCCCUCAAGCAACGUACCUGGCAAGCGCUUGCCCAUGAGUACAACUCCCAGCCCAGCGUGUCACUGCGGGAUUUCAAACAGCUGAAAAAGUGCUGGGAGAACAUCAAGGCUCGGACCAAAAAAAUUAUGGCCCAUGAAAGGAGAGAGAAAGGAAAACGUAGUGUCAGCCCGCUUCUGAGCACCCACGUCUUAGGGAAGGAGAAGACUGCCAACAUGCUGCCGGAGCAGCUCUACUUCCUGCAGAGUCCUCCCGAGGAGGAGCCGGAGUACCACCCUGACACUGCAGCCCAAGAAUCAUUUGCUGUUUCAAAUAGAGAACUGUGCGAUGAUGAGAAAGAGUUCGUUCAUUUUCCAGUAUGUGAGGGGACCUCUCAACCUGAACCCUCGUGUUCAGCUGUCAGAAUAACAGCCAAUAAAAACUACAGGAGCAAAACUUCUCAGGAAGGUGCUUUAAAAAAGAUGCAUGAGGAAGAACACCAUCAACAAAUGUCCAUCUUACAACUGCAACUGAUACAAAUGAAUGAGGUGCAUGUGGCCAAAAUCCAGCAGAUAGAGCGAGAGUGUGAGAUGGCAGAGGAGGAACACAGGAUAAAAAUGGAAGUUCUCAAUAAAAAGAAGAUGUAUUGGGAAAGAAAGCUACAAACUUUUACCAAGGAAUGGCCUGUUUCCUCAUUUAACCGGCCCUUUCCCAAUUCACCGUAAGACUUUGGGGGUGGCUCUCUUGUAAUUAAUCUGUGUUGGCAAAGAAAGUCUGGAACAUGAAUUCACGGUCAGCAACCUGUAACAGAGCUACAACUAGGAAAAUUAGAGUGGUAAUAGUCACUUAUUUAAGAAUACAUUCAGGUAAACAGCUGCACCCUAUUUACCCCUUAAGUGGCAAAGAAGCUGUUAUAGUCUUCUGAAAAUUAUCACUAUGAGUGCUAUAAUUCUGAAUGUAAUGUCUCUUAAUUAGAAUUCAUACAAGAACCAUGUGUGAGUGUUGUCGUUGUAUUUUUUUUUUUUUAAAUCAAACGCAAGGGUGACUAUAAAGGAGUGUGGCUGAUUUUUUUUUUUUUUUUAAACAGCAGAACUUUUCUAUCCAAAUGAAUGCCCUUCCAUCCAAAUCAGCUGUCCUGGGAGGCCACACAGGUCUCCAGUGGUGAUGCUGUUGCUCAGAACUUGCUAGAGGUCUUUAGGGAACCCCCCUUGAGAGCCACAGCACCUUUUUCACUUUUUGGGUGCCAUCCUCUGGGUGUGGAUUUUCUGUUUUUUCAACUGCCCAACAUUUAGAAGGGUAUUUUCUAAUGUGAAUCCUAAACUGCCUUUUCAGGCCUUUCCCCAAAGAGGAGUUCCAAAUAAUGUCUCCAACCAUGGUAGCUUUGUUGGAACUAAGGGUGUGACUACUUUGAAGAAGAAAUGUUUGUUUAGAUUUCUACAUUCUGUUAUGUUUGCUUUAUUAAAAAAAAGACUUGCAA